GUCUAUCUGCCCGAGUCCACCGAGCAAGGACGACGACAAGACAACACUCACGCUACUAAGUAUACUUUUUCUCCUCUCUUCCUCUCGCUGUUUACCUGUUUACACACUAACAUGUGUCAUCAGUUUAUCCCUGUUAUUUACCACAGGCCCAGACCACGGCACACUACCAGAAAAGUACUCAACCUGGACAACCUACGCUCUCUGAAUGUGGCCUCUGCAGAUUCCCUCUCGUUCUCAAUCAGACUCUGGAACUGCCAAUCUGCCAUCAACAUGGCAGAUUUCAUUCCUGCCUUUGCAACCCACUGCAACCUCAGUGGUCUGGCUCUGAGUGAGACCUGGAUCCAUACUGUGAACACUGCCACACCCGCUUCCCUUGACUCCAACUUCAACUUCUCCCAUACCUCACGUUCCAACAGACGAGGGGGUGGUACAGGUUUGCUUCUCUCCAAAACAUGGAAAUUUGUGUGUCUUUCUCCUCCUUGCUCCCACACUUCCUUUGAAUUUCAUGCUGUUACAGUUACUGACCCUGCCAAAAUGCACUUUCUUGUUCUUUAUUGUCCGCCAGGUCAACUAGGGAAAUUCAACGAAGAGUUUGACAUGCUACUGUCCACCAUCCCGGAUGACGCAACUCCUCUUGUGGUCCUCGGUGACUUCAACAUUCAUCUAGACAAGCCACAUGCAGCUGACUUUCUUGCACUCCUCCCCAUGUUUGACCUCAAACAGUUCGCCACAGCAGCAACUCACAAAGCCGGCAAAAAGCUCAACCUCAUCCUCACACAACAACCUCCUGGACACCAAGCAAUCAGGCUUCAAAAGCAGUCACUCCAAGGAGACUGCUCUGGUUUCCGUCACUGAAGCCUAACAAUUAUCAAAAGCAACCUCAAGAUUAUCUGUCCUAA